CCACUUUCAACGUCUCCUCGUCCACCAAAUCCAUUAUGACUAACGAGUUCUCGCGCGCCUCCGACUGCAUCGACGAAGUCAUGAGCGGCAAGACCCCGUGGACGGCGCUCUUCGAGACGGUCCACUUCUUCACGAAAUACCGCCACUUCAUUGUUCUGCUCGCGACGUCCAACGCCGAGUGGAUCGGUUUGGUUGAGUCGAAGAUCCGAAUCCUCGUCCAGAAUCUGGAGCGCCACCGAUGCAUCUCUUUGGCUCACGUCAACCCCAAGUGCUACACGCGCGUAGUCAUUGUUCCCGUCGCGCAGCCGCCGCCCGAAGACCCGCUUCUGCCCGACACGAACACGAGUGCCGACGGAGAGAGCAAAGGAGAGGAGGAGAAAGCAGAGCCGAAGACGACGACAGAGACGACGACGGAAGUGGAGACCAUGUGGUUCAUUGGUCUCGAGUUCAACAAAGCCGAAGGCAUUAACGUCGACCUCACGCAAGACAUCAAGAACUUCGUGGAAACCGUGACCAAUACGGCAAAGUUCAGCAAAUUCUUCAAACCCGAGAUGACGAUCGACACGAAACACGUGAAGAGAAAGGAGUUGGAGAAGUAUUUGCCGCUAGAAGUGUUCAAAUCGACCAAAAGCUCGAAGACGCCGAAAGCUAACAGUUCGGACGACAACGCCGUUACCAAAGCGCCCGCCUCUACGACCACUCCGGCCGACGGAACCCCCGAAGAGGGUAACAAAGAGGUGAUGCCCGCGGACUCGACUAAUGGCGGACCAGUCGUGGAAAACGUGUGUUCGAGUGAUAAGUGUGUGGAGAGAAGUGUUUUGACGAAAAGCCUUUCCUUUCAGAAUAACUGCCAAAAGAGAGCUCUCGAGGAGGAGAGCGACAACUCGAGUCCCACGAAGACU